GUGGAUCCUGUCGGACGAUGGAAGUCCGGCGCAGACGAGCGAGACCGCAAGACAACAAGCACGACGCCGACGCGGUGACAGAUCAGCAGAGGACGGUUCAGAGGGGCGAGACGGAUGAACAGGCAGCUUCGAAUAUCUCAAUAGAAAAUAGUAAAGUAAAUCCAUCAGAUUCUAUCGAAUGGAAGCAACUUUUGUCAAAUAAUGCGAUUCAUGCUCGAGUCAAAGUUAGCUUGGAAAUCGAUCUUAUAGCGGUAAUUUUACUAAUUACGGGUAUUUGCACUCGUCUUUAUCGCCUCGAGGAACCGCGCAGUAUAGUCUUCGACGAAUUGCAUUAUGGCAAGUACGUUGGAUUGUAUAUGAAGAGGACGUUCUUCUUCGAUUCUCAUCCACCCUUAGGAAAACAAUUGGUCUCUGCAGCGGCAUACUUGGCUGGAUUCGAUGGGCAAUUCAAAUUCGAUAGGAUCGGAAGUCCUUAUAGCGAUGCGGUUCCUUUAUACGCAUUACGCCUGGUACCGGCGAUAUGUGGCAGUCUACUGAUCCCUACAGGAUAUUACCUUAUUCUGGAACUAGGCUUGAGGCAAUGGGCCGCAGCAAUUGGCGGGAUUCUGCUCUUAUUUGAUAACGCAUUGUUAACACAAUCAAGGUUCGUUCUGAUGGAAAGUAUCUUAAUGUAUUUUUCGUUACUCGGCUUGUUAUGCAUCGUAAAAUUUCGGAAAAUUAUGGACCAGCCGACAUUGGCGUCCUGGUGGAUAUGGCUAACAUUAGGCAUCAUGAAUUUAACAUGUGCACUAUGUGUGAAGUAUAUUGGGUCUUAUUCCAUGGUUCUUGCACUCUUCCUGAUCGCUCAUGAUUAUUGGUCCCUGCUCUCAAGGAAGACUCUGUCGAACACGAUCUUGUGGGUUCAUCUUUUGCUAAGAUUCAUCGUGCUGGUCGUUGUUAUUGCCGCCGUGUACCUAGGCAUAUUUUACAUACAUCUGGCGAUACUCUCGAAGGCGGGACCGCAUGACUCGGUGAUGACAAGCGCGUUUCAAGCAAGUUUGGAAGGAGGACUCGCCAGCAUCACAAAAGGGCAGCCUCUGGAAGUAACACAUGGUUCGCAGAUCACUCUCAGACAUACGUACGGUAGAGCCUGUUGGUUGCACAGUCAUAAUCAGGUGUAUCCUUUACGGUAUCCGGACGGUCGUGGCAGCUCCCAUCAGCAGCAGGUCACUUGUUAUUCGUUCAAGGACGUGAACAACUGGUGGAUCGUUAAGAAGCCGGACAAGAACGAUCUAGUGGUCACGAAGCCCAUUGACCCCAUCCGGCAUGGUGAUGUGAUUCAAUUGGUACACGGGAUCACGAGCAGAGCGUUGAAUUCGCACGAUGUCGCGGCACCGAUGACACCACAGAGUCAGGAAGUAUCGUGUUACAUUGAUUAUAAUGUGUCUAUGCCGGCGCAGAAUCUAUGGCGAGUGGAGAUCACGAACAGAGAUCACUCUGGCGACGCGUGGCACGCGAUUCAGAGUCAGGUGCGGCUGAUACACAUACACACGAACGGAGCGGAGUUUGCGUUGAAGUUCAGCGGUAGGCAAUUGCCCGAUUGGGGUUUCAAUCAGCAUGAGGUUGUAGCUGAUCGGUUGGUGGACCAGACCAAUUCCAUUUGGAAUGUCGAGGAGCACCGAUACACUAAAAGCGAGGAUCAGAAACAGCGGGAACGAGAGCUGAUCAGCGCGGAGAUGAUACCAUUGCAGGCGACUGCGUUAAGCUUUUGGGAGAAAUUUGCAGAGCUGCAGAUCAAGAUGUUAUUUGGCGGUCAGGAGGGUCAGAAUAGCCACAUGUAUUCCAGCGGACCUCUCGAAUGGCCGCUGAUGUCCCGUGGUAUUGCGUACUGGGUAUCUAACGAUAGUAAUGCACAAGUACAUCUUUUGGGAAAUAUCACGAUUUGGUACUCCGGUACAAUCUCAGUAAUCAUAUAUUUAACAUUACUGAUAUUUUAUUUAAUGAGAAGAAAAAGAAAAUGCUUCGAUAUCCCAGAGGAAGAAUGGCGAAAAUUUGUUAACAAUGCUUACGUAUUGUUAGCUGGAUAUUUUCUUCACUUCUUGCCUUUCUUAUUCGUCGAACGUACUUUAUUUUUACAUCAUUAUCUACCGGCUUUUAUUUUCAAAGUUUUAUUAAUGGCAGCUACAAUUGAUCAUCUAUAUUAUUUAAUUAGCAUUCGUCAUCCAACGUGGAACGUUUCAUUAUACAUUUUAACAUGUGGUAUCAUUGCUUGGGUACUUUUCGUCGUCUACGUGUUUAAAAAAUUUAUUGUAUUUAGUUACGGGACAUCAGCUCUCAGUGCUAAGGACGUGAUAAAAUUAAGGUGGAAAGAUACUUGGGAUUUUAUUGUGCAUAAAACAUAAUUUGUUAAAUUUAAGAAAAGACUUAUAUAUAAGACACAUUAUAUUUAAGUAGAACGUUGUGUAUUGAAGGAGAGAAACAUAUGACAUUUACAAAAUGUUAUGCACAGCGCACAUUACCGUAUUUUUUAUGAAAAGAUUUAACAAAUGAUAUUGCUCAUGAUGCGCAUAUGUAUGUAACAAAAUAUUUUUUUAUAAUGGAUAGUGCCACGAAUGGGAUGACACAACGGUGAGUGAGGUUAAUGAUAUUGUAAACAUGAAUUUGUGUAUAGACUGAUUCUAUUUUAUAAAAUGUUUUGUCGUUAUUUAACGGCGCUUGAUUAUAUCAAUUUUUAAAUUUAUUUAGAAAACAGAGUGUCUAUUUCCAAAUUUUGAAAAAAUAUUCUCUGAGAAUUUCCAGAGUACUGCAGUAAAAUUAUCAAAGAAACAAUCGUUUAGAAAAAGACAAAAUUUUGAAAAAUUUUCUGCGUUUAAUUUUGAAAUUCUAAUUUUUAAAAAUAAAAAAAAUUCACUGAGAAUUCAACAUUUUCCAGAUUUUCUUUGAAAAUAGACAUUCUGGAAAAGAAUAUAAAUAUGUUGCAAGCGUAUAUAUAUUUUAUAAUUUUUAAAGCAAUAUUUUGAAGUUUAAUGAAUAAUAGAUAUACCCAGUAAGCAAACUCUACAAUAUGUCAACAGAUUCGCAGCAAAUUUGGUCAAGAGUAACAAAUUCGAUGUCAUUUACAUUAGCAUUAACAUGAUUUGCCUAUAGAUUAUCGAUAGAAAUUGUGCAAAAUCUGUUUGAUAUAGAUUUCAUUUUAUUUCAACCGCCAAUUCGCAUCAAAUUAUAUAAUAAAUAUCAGUUCAAUUUCUAUUAUUUAUUUAUUAUCAUAUUUUGUUAAUAUAUUUUUGCCAGCAUUUUUCUAACAAUAUUGUAUAUGUCAAAUCAUGUAUCAAAUUUGUUGUCUUCCUACUAAUAAAAUUUGCUUUGCAAAA